AUGUUCAUGAGCCAACCGCGAAGUCGUCAUGAUUCCUUAAGUGAAAAAUCGCAGAGAAAUGAUGAACGAGAGCAAAAUCGCAGAUUUCCAUCAUCAGAUGUAGAUUCUAAACAAUUUUUGCGAAUCGCAUCUUGGCAGAAAACAUCCGAUUCUGAAACUUCCACUAUCGCUUCAGAACCAGACAAAGGAGGAACCAUGCUUUCUUGGUAUCGUAACAUCUCCAGGCGAAAAUUCUUUAUCAUCCUCAUCAUUCUGCUUAUCGUGCUCUUCGCUGCUGCCAUAAUUCUGACAGUAGUAUUGGUUGUUGUACUACCUGGUCGUCAUCAUGGUGACCACGACUUCACUGCAAUUGUUUUUACCCCCACUAUACCUUACACAACAACAGUAACGACAGCUUCAGUGCCUUACCCUGUAGGCUAUGUGGUUGGAACCGUGUUUCGCUACAUACCUCUGGGUAAAGUUGAUAGUGUUAUGCCAGACACGAGAGGGUAUACUUACCGGAAACAACUUCUCACCUGGGGCAAUGAUACUAUAUCCGUUCUAGCGGAUAACGUUACCCAGGGUAGUUUACACUUGGACACAGGAAAUUGAUGUCCGAAAGUGGGUAAUCUGUGCCGAGUAAACGGAACUCUGUAUCAGGUAAGGUUUCAAAAGUUUGCGUAA